CAGCAGGGGAGAUGUGAGGACCACCAGGUUUGUUUGGAAGCGUCUGGAAGUAAUGGGGCAAAGUGGAGAGUCCGUUUUAAACAUUAGCUUAUUCAGUAAUUGACAAAGUUUUUAUUAGGAGAGGCCACAAAUCCACCAGGAAAUCAACACCUAGAUGGGAAAAGUCUGCAGAACAAAAGGACCUACAAUGAUAGAACCUGAUGAGAAGACAUUAUAAAGGUGAGAUUAGUAACUAAGAGCUUACUAAGAAAGAUUGAGCUGAGCAGAAUUUCAGCUUGUCAGCUUUGGGACAGGGAAUGAGACAAUGGGCUCCACAGGCUCCAGACCCAGACUGCGUAAAGUAGCUCCAUGUAAUAGCCUGCAAGAAGAGGGGGCACAGCCCGAACCACAAUGGACCCUCCCUGCUCUGCCGGUCACUAUGGAGCAACCGUCAGGAUCUGUAGGGCGGAAGAAGACGAUCUUACCUCCACUGAGACAGGAAAUAACUCUUUCCUCUCUCUCAGGAAACCUCCCACCAAAGCAAAGUAACAAUCCAAGCAUCAUUCACUCCCAUCCACCCCGAAGACCCCAGGCACUGCAACCACUGGCCCUUCAAAUUGGCCACACAAGCACUGCCAAUCACAUUGCCAUGGGCAGGGACUGCAGAGAUGGGGGUGUCCACCUGUUUUCUACAAUCGACCGGACAGGACACUCUGGCACCGGCAGGAUGAUUCAGGGAGGAUUCCUGGAGGCCCAGACAGCUCUCACUAAACAGGCUCAUCGCCAUCGGCGAGCUCACCUCCGACAAGCCAGAGAGCAGAGACGACAUAAAGUUGUCUACACAGUUAAUGGUGGAGGAACAAACACAGAAGGCAUGCAGAGGCUGAAACUCGUGAGACGGCCCACAGAAAGAGACAUCUUCUGGGAUGAAACCACAGGAGAAAGCCUGGACCCCAGCUGCCUUCUGGACCCAAUAUCUCUGCCUCGCCUCUGUGAAGAGAGACAGCCAAACAAACAGCUCCUGUGGGGCAGGGAAGACAGGAACCAGAGAGAUCAAGCUCAAGGUCCCAGAGACAGAGAGGAAACAGCUCAACAAAGUGGACACAAGGGACUGAGUUUGGGAGUUGAAGACAGAGGUAAAGCACAGAGGGAAAGUUGUGAGUGGCCUGAUGCUGCCAGAAGCUGUCAGACAGCGAGGAUAAGAGGUGUAGGAGGGAUGUGGGACUAUAAACUGGACUGAGGACACUUA